UUCGGUGGAUUACUUGCAACUUACAUAUGCAACUGCCUGCUAAUUGCCGUUACACGGCGUUAACGAAGAGGAAAACAGCACUUUAAAGCUAUUCACCAUCAGAAAUCUGUACAUUUGCAAAUGAACAACGUUGCAAGUAACUCGAAGCGGCAGCAAAUGCCCAGCAUGUUGAACAUAUUGGUAUUGCUAGCAAAGCUGCUAAUUUGUUGCAACCUCAUUGCGGACACGGCAGGCACAACACAUACAACAACAACAGCUGCGGUCACCAGCAUGCUAGCAACGGCAAGUCAACGCAACAUGCCACACAAUUGGCUACGACGGCAGCGCAGGUAUUUGCUGUUUGAGAAGGGCUCGACAGUGGGGGCGCAAAUGGCCGGUACGAAAGCGUUUUUACCAGAGCGUCCGCGUGGUCUGUUUCAAAUCUUUGAAGCCACCGCCAACUAUGAAUUGCCCGCAUCGUUGGACGAUCUAUGGCCUCAACGGACGAAAGCGCAUUCGUCGGCAACAACAACAAUAAAACACAACGCCACAACUAGUGCCGCUGCAAAGCAUACGCCGAAGUUAGGAACCUUUAACGGAAGUAACGGUUAUAGCAAUUACAACAACAGCAGCAACGACGAGAUGUGGCUACCAACGUGGCAUGCAACUGACGAUUGGCCUGCAGCGGCAGCCACGAUGCCGACUUGGUGGCAAGUGCAACAACAACAAAAAAGAAAACAACUACCACGCAGAAAACAACAACAAACUCAAAAACAAUACUUUGCUCGUCAGCAACAUCGAUUUCCUUCGGCGUUGCAAGAAGCGAAAUCAUUGACAUUCGCGCCGCCCAUAUUGUCAAGGCAAUUCGCCGCUCAUCCGGCGUUGCACCAACACUCCGUGUGUCUGCGACGAAAUGUUUACGGCAAUUGGCAAGACAACAACGUCGACAGACGUUUGUGUGAGGCCGUUUCGAAAACGUUGGGGCGUGGUCGCAAGCGGCGGAGUAUUGGCGCUGGUGACGAUUCUGUUGGUAUUGGUAUUGGUGUUGCGGGCGACAAGGAAAACAAUGAUGAUGCUGUCCAUCGAUUUGAUGAGCGUCCUGAUGAAUUCCAUUUUGCCACAAAUGCUGAGCGCAUUUUCUUUGAUUUGCUGACGCAAUGGACACAAGUACAUAAUUACCCAUCGCAUUACUGUAUAAUGCGCACCUUCUGUGAAGCUCGCCAUUUGCUGUUGGCUCGUGGACAAUCGCUGUUUCACGAUUUGCUGCGAGUUCUAGUCGAUGCCGCAUUGCCGGCCGCACGUCGUCAUGCCACAUAUAAAAAAGCGAUUUCGCAUGACAAUUUAAGCGACUGCGCCCAACACUAUGCAACGCUCUGCGGCUUAAGUUUUCUGCAACAUUUCAGCGAAGCUGUGCAUGGACGAUUUAUGCAGUAACCACAAGCGAGUGAGGGCGAGAGAGGAGUCAGAGAGAGAGAGAGAGAGACAGCAGUGCGUAUAAGCAUUCACACACACACACACACACACAUGUAAGCAGUGAACAAAUUGCAAUUUCACACACACACAAGCGCUUGUGCAAUAAAUAAAUACUAGCGGCGUGUAAGCGCAAAUGUUUUAUAAAAUAUGGCCGCCCAAUCGCAAUGAAAUGUAAAUACAGUUAAAUACGCGUAUGUAUGUAUGUGUGUGUGUCGGCGCAAUAAAAUACAAAAUACGCAAUGUAAAUAAAACAUAAAUAAAAAUCAGUAAAUAAAAGUGACAAGU